AGCAUCCCACAUUUUUUGAGCUACUCCGUUAAUCAUUAUCUCUAUUUCGCUUCUGAGUUGGCAAGAUCUUGUCCUCUCUGCCUGUGACUUUUUUACCGUGCUAUUUGACGCUUCCGCCCAGGAUUCAGCGAAUGUAAUGCUAUAGAUGAAAGAAUUUUCGAAAUUAUUUUUCAACCGUAUUCGCCGUUCUUGGCAGUCCCUACCAUGGGUCAUAUCUUUCAAUUCCACCGUAGUAUUGCAAACCUCUACUGAAAUUAUUUAACUGAUGGCACAUCGUGUCUAUCCCAAGGGCUGUUUCCUUGUUCUUUAUAUCCAUUUCCAAUUGAUUUUGCGACGCUCUACCAUUUCUCAGCUUGGAUAAUAUACGGAAAGAAUUAGAUCUAGCUACACUUUAUACCAAAUACCUAUGCAUACGAUACCUGCUCUAUGCAUUUAUCCGUGAAUUGUUCCAGCUUUUUCUGACCAUUUCUCACUGUUUCAACUUCUUUCAACAAUGCUUGUUCAGUUCCAUCGUGAACCAGCUCCGUCCCUGUAGAGAUGAAAGUUUGAUACUCAUUAACCUGGUUCAGUGGAAUAAGUUUUUCGUACCCCUUCGAGAUUCCCUGUGAUAAAGGCAUUCUUGAGCGAUAUGCAGUUGUCCAUCUAAAUCUUGAAUAGCCUUUUGCAACACCCUGCGACACUCCUGCAUUCUAUCAUUUUCUAUUAUCGAACGUUCCAACUCCGAAGCGACUUCAUUGCGCCAAAAUGUUAUAUCAGUUAUUCUUUCCCCGAUUUUACGACCGGUGUCCCUUUGACCUCCUUGAACCUUGUCAUCGACCAGUCUGAUGUAAAAACCAAUUUCGGUAGAAUUCAAUAGUUUUAACAAACAAACAUGUCUCUUCCAAAUAAAAGGCAUGCAUAUUUACCGCAUUAGUUGCACAGUAUCACUGCUAAGUUUUUCAGAAAAAUGUCUGUUUGCGUCAGCUUCGUUGUAAAUUCUGAUUUGAUUUUGGAGCCAUUCGUAGGGUGUAUAUCUGGUAUACAACGCUGUACGUGCAGCAUGUGCAGGAUUUCGUUCGAAGCCAGUUACCAAGUUUGGAAAUUUUAGUGGCUCGGUGGCCAUGCCAUUCGGAGUGUAACAUGGAUCUACCAGUUGAUUUGUCACUGGUUGAGCGGGUCUGUUAUUGAAACCCACAAUAAUUUUAGAUAUUGCUAGAAUUACAUAUUAGAUUUCACCUCCACUAAUCUGAAUACCAACAAUGGAAUGACUUCGAUAUUUUCAUAGCCUAGAGUAGGACGCCAUGGAUGUGGUCUUGGCAUUCUGUAAUAUUCUCCAGUUCGAAGAGGAAUCGGUGGUCCCGAGAUUUGCUCCAUACAGGGCAGCGCUCCGACCGAACUCCACGGUUGAAGUUGCUGACGAAAAACAAACAUAUGGUUUUUCAAACAAAUUUAAACAUUCGGUAUGAAAUAUCGACUUGAACUUUGCUUAGUUUUCAACAAAAUUAUUUAUUUCUCACAGUGUACAUGAUAGUUUCCUCUUCUUUCUUGGAUUCUUUCUUUACUGCUGCCAUUGUAGUUGGAAAAUUUUUUGAAUAUGACUUUGAAUUUUAGUUCCUGCACCUCUGACCGUCAGUCUUCACACGAGUGUCUAAAAUGAUCGCAAUUUUAUAAAAGUUGAAUUUGUAUCUUGUUUCAAGUGAAGUAAGCAACUGUAGAAUCCCUGUAGCUCUACAUACACUCUAUGUUUAUUGUUUAAUGAAUAUUUGUCAGAAUAAACGUUCACCCAGUCCAACCAAGAUGCAGAUGAACGAGAAAGGGGAUGACGCAAAUGUUGGUGGAGGAUCUAUGAGCAUGGCACGAGCUGAUGCUGAUAUUCUGAACGCCAAUACAGCGUUAAAUAUUAAAGCAAAUUAUAUCGAAUAUGACUCCGUUAGACUAUCUCCACGCUAUAUGGAAUUCAAAGACGCCCUGGAAGGUAUGACGUUUCGUCAACUGUUCAUCAUUCAAAAUAUGGGAAAACAUCCAGCCCAUAUUCGUAUCUGCGCACCAAAUUCAAUAGCAUUUAAAAUCAAAACUCUGCAACGAGGGAUGUUUCUUAGCCCAGGGUUGAGGAUAUUGCGGUGGGUGCAUUACUCGUAUAAGAGGACCUCCGUUUUACACACCAUGAUCCCUAUUUACAUCAACUGGAAUUACAUCGACUACCACGUAAUCUGCACCCAAGCAACCGAGAAGUUAUCCAUAGAACCGUCAUCUUUGGAUUUUGGACUGGUAGACAUUGGCUCCACGUCUGGAAUAAAAAUACUUACUUUGAAAAACGAUGGCGGUAAAACUACCAGAUUUGCCAUUGACCUGGGGCCUAAUGAAAUAGAUUUGUCUAUAAAACCAAUGCGAGGACUUGUGCAUGCACAUUCUAAAAUACUUCUUCGAGUUGAAGUAAUUGGUGUGGAAGAAGGCACUUUAGUUGGAGAGUUCUGGAUAAAAUCAUCUCGAAAUAUACAGGUCCCUGUCAAAGUUAACAUAAUCAUACCGCGUUUGGUGGUUUACCAUCCAAACACAACCGGUGACUUUACUCUGAUAGAUUUUCCCUCUACAUUUGCUGGAACGACACGACGUGACACGUUAAUAUUGAGGAGCCUCUCAGCACAAGUUUCAAACUUCGUCGUUCUUGGAGAAAUAGACAGUGACUUGAUCCCCAUCAAGAAUAUCAACGUUGAAAAACACCCGGCAUUCCAAGUAUUUUCCAUACACCCACAUGAGGGACGAAUGGAUCCAUUCGAAGGCAGGGUCUUUAAUAUUGCCUUCUCGCCAACCAUCAAAGUUAUCAAAGAUUUAGAAGAAUUACGAAAACAAGGUAGCCAGGACUUUAUGGUUUUUGUACGCAUAUUCAGAGUUCAUUGUACCGAGGUGGAAGACAUAAUUAGAAAAGAAAUAGGAAUGGAUGACAGAGUGGAAGAGCCGUUCAAAAAAGUACAAUUGUUGGAACCGGGUUCAGCAGAAUCCUUAGCGCUGUCAGAAAACGAGGCUCCGGAACCACCCGGAUACGAAACUGUUCGCUUAUGCUUAUACGGGGUAACAGAAGAACCCCGUUUAAACUUUGUACCUGAUGAAUAUCAUUUCGGUGAUAUUUCAUUAGGAGAAACAGUCGGUCGAGAACUCACGAUAUCGAACCCAUCUCCUUCUAUCUCGGUUGUAUAUAAGUUUGUCCCAACUACCGGUGUCCGUUGUCAACCUACAUCUGGGCGGAUAAAUCAAAAAGACAGUCAUCAAGUUCUGGUGACUGUUAUCGGAAACUAUAACGUUAAACCACCCUUCAAAAUAGCGUUCGAUAUCAUUGUCAAAACUUGCAUGGCAAAUGAUGCAAAACCAUCCUUUGUGACUGCAAAACGAUGCCGUAUCCUUGGUUGGUACAAUCUGGUCACCCCUCCGGUAAAAGAUAGUUUAAAAAAAGAAAACAACCAUCAAGUAGUUAAUGCCAGCUAUUUUUCCGACUUAAACGUCGAGUACGCUUUAACUCCAGAAGAAGCUGAAUUCAGAUCACGUCAUCAUUUUUACUGGUCUGAUUAUCUUCGGCUUAGAAGAACUCGGAAAAGAGCGACAAUUUUGAAAAAUCCGGUAGUGGAGUAUUUUGAACCGAUAACCGAUUGCAAGGAUUUGAUGUCUGCUAAAUUACCGAAAAUAAAAGAGAUCUCCGCAGCGAAAACAAUGUUGGGCAAAGCAGCUGCUCUCAAAGUAGUGAAUAAGGCGAGGGAUGAAAUGCUUGUGCCACUAUCGCCAUUGCAAAUUUACAAUGUUAAGAUAGCUCCAACUGUCCUUGCGUAUGACUCGGUUGCACCUAAGAGUACGAACUACCGCACGUUACGUGUAGAGAAUCUGAACGCUUUUCCAGUUAUGCUACGUCUGAUCAGCUUGGUAUCAAAAGCGAUUAGUUUUCCAAACGGAUCCUUAAUAAUCCUCCAACCUGGUGAACAGACUACGAAGAUAGUUGAAUACCGAGCUCAAAGACUCGGCAAAUUCAAUACAUAUAUCGAUUACGUUAUCAAUGAUAACCAUUCCUUUGCAAUGACAAUCACAGCCAAUGUAGUCGUCAAAUCUUUGAAUCUCAAUGUCAAGCAAAUAACUUUUGGCAAAGAGUAUUUACCACGAGAAGCUUAUCAGCCUUCUAGUUUGUUUGUUGAAAUAAAGAACAAGUUGGAUGCAAAUACAAGUUUCUUGUGGGAUUUGCGCUCAAAUUGCAGCUUUUCGGUAUAUCCAAUGUCUGGUGAGGUGAGGGGAAAUCGCACUUUAUUUGCAGAAGUAACUUAUGAUCCAGUUUCCUCAAAAUCUAGUAAUACGGAGGCUGUGAUGACCAGUGAAUCUGGUACAUGGGUUAAUCUGAAAAUAGACGUCGUACCAAAAAAGCCAGACGUUGCAUUUAUCAAUGAAACCAUCAACUUGGAUAGAAUACCAUUAAACAUGGCUACAACUAUCAACGGAGUUCUCCACAAUGCCGAGUUUAGCGAGGUCACAUUUCAAGUAGACCAAUCCAAAUUGGUUUGCGGAUGCGAAGUAUUUCCACAGCAUGGUAUCAUCCCCCCGCGUGGCAUCGUCAUACUAGAAGUGAAGAUGAGAUUUGACGCAUGCUUUAAGUUCUCCAUAACAGUUGACGUUUUGGUACAGAAGUGCUUACAGCUGCAGAUGAAGUUAAUUGGCCAAGUAUCAUACCCAAUGUUAAAGCUAUCGCCGGAAACAAUUAGUAUGAAAAGAAUUAGCGUCGAUGCAUUUGCUACACAUUUGUUGACUGCUAGCAAUGAUGGAAAAACUAUUCUCAAAGUGGAAUUUCUUCUUGAUGAAUACCCUGGUUUUAACGCUUCUCUUUCUCCACACAGAGAAGAUCCUGGUAUAGACUCUAAGGGACUAACCAUAGCACCGGGUGCAUCUGUAUCAAUUUAUCUACACUUCAUUCCAAUUGAUGUUGCCAGUUACGCCUUUUAUCUGCCUAUUGUUAUAAAUGAAAUAAUAGGCCCAGCCGCCCUCGAUGGUCUAAAGUCUAUUAAACCAUCCGAUUUUUUGAAACCUCGUGAAUCUUAUUACGCUCAUUUCCCUGGCAUUGAAAUCACUGAACUUCCGCAAAUUUUUCCAACUGUUUUUGUCGAUUGUACGGUGUCUGGACAUGUUAUAUCAUUCAGUCAAUAUAUAUUCAGUUUUGACUUCGCAUCAAACAAGGUCGAAGAUAAAUUGCAAAUAUUCAAUGAAACUGUUCAAGAGGUUUCAUUCAUUAUUCGUAUCGAUGAUUUCACACAGCUGAAAAGUCCCUUCACGAUCACAUGGAUCUCUGGCGUUAAGCCAACUUUUACAUCAGUUUCAAUCUUUUGCACACUUCAGCCUCAAGAGGAGAUUAUUUUUCUACUUGAAUUCAAACCAUUUGAUUAUGGAAAAUUUAAGAUCGAAGCUCCGAUAUUUGUCAGAGGAGAACUCCAAGGCGAUAUAUUCAGUAGUCUUAUUCUCAGUGGAAGAAAACUUGUGAGUUGCAUCGUCUCUGAUAAAAGAGAACUGUACUUUGCACCUGUACCACUCGGUGUUGAAACUGAACAAAAAUUAAUGAUCAAAGUUUGUCGCUGUGAAAAUAAUCACGAGAUAAAAGCUGUUGUAAUAAAGCCCAAAAAAUUGAACGGUACUUACUCGGAUAAUUGCAUACUCGUGAAAUUCCUCAAAGGAAACGUAAUCACCGGUAAUGAAAGCAAUGAAGAACUCGAAGUCUAUGUGACAUUCCGAAGCGAAUUUCCAGUCGCUUUCAGCACUGAUAUAGAGUUUCGUGUAGGCGAUGUAGCUGCAUGCUCUAUACGUGUCUGUGUCAUUGCAGAUAAUUGCAUUUUAACAACUUAUGGUUACUUGCGAGGCGGUAUUGAGCACAAUGGAUUUACACGGCCAGCAGAGAGAUAUUCGUACCCAUCGAUAUCGUCACGGGGUGAAAAUAGCUCAUCAUUGACCAAACAAGAAAUCGCUUUCGAGGAACAUAUUGACUCUGCUACGAAGAGGCUCAGUAUUCAAUCUGGUAUAAGUGGAACAAGCCAAAAAUCAUUUAAAAACACUGAAAUAAGAUCGGGACAUAGUCAAAAUGAUGAGAAUUUGGAAAAUAAUUAUGAAGGGGUCUCACUGAAUUCAAAGAUAUUGAGCGCGCUGCCGCCAGUUUUUGAUCAUUAUAUAAAAUUAUCGAUGACUGGAUACCCAUACUUUCCUAUUAUUAAAUCCGGUGAGACCGAUAGUCACUCUCAACGAACUCUUACCGCUGCAGAGCAAUGGAUGUUUGCCAGUGGAUUUAAAUUUAAUUUUUAUCCAAGUAUCGUCGAUGGCAUUACCGGAGUGAUGUCUGGUGUCUGUUCGAUAACAUCUACGUUUAGUGACAGGCGAAAAGCGCACACGGUCAACCAAUCCUUCAUUGAUAUAUUAGUAUCACUUGCUGGAACAGAUGUGCUCAAAUAUAUUGGAGAUCCUUCCGAAAUACCUAAAAAUCCUAUGGACAGAGCAAGCUAUACCCUUAAACUGUACGAAAAUGCCCUGAAAUUUUUAGAAGUUCAAGGGGCGUUCUUACCGCACGUAAAUCCAGAGUUUCUUCUCAGUUACAAUGAUUAUUUAUUAAAUGAUCCACAAGGCAGAUCUAUAUUAGCAGAUCAACUGGCAUUGGAAUCCGACACCAUAGUAUGGCCUGAAAAAAUGCUGAGGGAUCUUUUUCAAGCUCGCAGCAAACAGUACUGGCUUGACGUAGCUCUGCAAACAUUUAAAACCUUAGUUCUUCAGCGAGUCAGCCUGAAAAAUUUGAAAGAAAUAACAAAAGUCCCUUGGAACCAACGAGAUUCAAGCGAAUCUGGUUUAGAAUCGAGCACGCUUAGUGUGCUUGAAUAUUUGGCAUCAAAAGAAAGCGCUCAGGAUGGGACAAGAGAUAAAACCGAAUAUUCUACCGAAGAAACUCUACUAUUGAACUGGCUGGAUUACCACUUCGAGCGGCAACAAUUUGAGGGGUGGAUGAUGGACGACAGAGUUAAUCCAAACCCGCAAGCCCGCGGAGAUGUAAUCGAAUCGAGAAAAGUAUCAAAUUUUGAAAGCGAUCUUGCCGAUGGUUUAGUAUUAAUCGCCGUUACUGCUGCUCAUUGUUCAUACUUGAUUCCUGAUCACUUCAAAAAUAUCUACAUCACUCCACGGAAUGUGGAAGAGAUUCAUCACAAUGCUAUAUGCCUUACCGCUGCUUGGAGAAAAAUUCGGCUCGGUUUUAUGAUAACACCUGCUCAAAUUACUUCGCCGAAUUGUGUUCAAAUGGUGAUGCUCGUCACUCACUUAUUUCGUACACUUCCAACUUAUUUACCAAGCGCAAAGGUUCAAUUCUGUUGCCCUUUAUCAGAAACUCUUACUCGCCAAAUAUCUUUCACCAAUGCAACGGACUAUACCGUCAGUUAUCUUUUCGAAUUCAUUGGGAACGAAAUGAAUUUAUUUACCGCAGUAACGUCUAAGCCAGUUAUAACUCUCGAUGCUCACGGAACCGGUAGCUUCAAGAUUCAAUUUUGCGCAAGAAAAAUUGCGGAUACUCAAGCUCACAUUAUUUUAUGUGGAUCAUCAAUCGCCCCAAAUUUCGCGAGUAAUCAGGUAUUCAUUUUGGAGGGUUGCACAAGUUACUUGGGCGUCAUAAAUAAAUAUGAGUUUGAGAAAGUGUUGUAUAAAGUCUGUGAUGAAACUUUGAAGAUUCCUGUACCAUUCGAAGAAUCAGCUGAAUAUGAAAUUUCACUGAGCGAAGAACAGCCCACGACCCCUGCAAGCUUGAAAAUGAGUCGAUGGGCGGAAUUAAGAACCAGAAAGGUACCACGUCGAUUAUUUCUCAAUCAAAAAACUCUCGUCGUGACCAAAGGUGCUUACCAAGCAGAUCUAUCGAUAACUGUAGCUUGCAUUGCCACUACCAAGCGAUCGUUUUGGAUCGUUUUCGAAUCCAAGAUCGGCGAUUUCAUAAUUCAAAUUGAUUCAGCUUCCAAAAAAACGACGUCAGAUUACAUCACCGUUGAGUGGGAGCGAGAAACUUGCAAUUGCUCCGAUUUACCCAACGGAAUAUCGAAUACCUGUCCAUUGAAUAUUAGAAUACCUAUUCCAACGAGAAAUUUUCAGCUAUGGAAUUGUAUAAACCAAAUGUUCCAGAAAACGUUGGAACCAAAGGAGCGUUUGUUCUGGUCUCGGCACUUGGAUACCAAUAUUGGAUUGAGACUCAUUCACUGGCUUAUGGGUGAUUACCACGAUUUAGCAGCAAAAGAGUUUGUGCAUAUUUUCAAUACGUCUGUUACUUAUCACAUUACGACUGCAGACAAGGAAUAUGUUAUCACACCUCCUGAAUUUUCGAUACAAGACGUGCGGCUCCGAAAUACAAAAAUCGACAUGACUGUUCAUAUUCUGCAAAACACACCACAAGUCUAUGAAACAAUGAUAAGAUUUUCUUCGCUCGACAACAUGGAAUAUCGAGCUUAUAAAUUGCAAUUAAUUUGUAAAACACCCAUCUUGUCGUCGCCUACCUCUAUUCCCGAGAAUGUAAUGAAAAAAAGGAGGAAUCGGAAGUAGACCACUUCAGAUCUCACCAAUCACAAUAAGUAAAUCGAAUUCAAAGGUACGGCAAUAUUUCAUGAUUAAAAAUACUGAUUUAUAGAUUUAUCUCUUUAACAGAUAAUUAUCUUUCUUCAUGUUCUUCAUCAUUAACACCUGCGUGAUUUAAAUCCCAGUAAUGUUCUCCGUAGGCUCCGUUUUGAUCGCCCCAUCUCACCUAGCAAAGGCGAUAUUUUUGAAAAAUCACUCUAUUCAUUUGACAUUAGAUUCCUUCCAAUAUAUUUAUUCUCACUUUUCCCUGAUGACGGUUAGUUUCCAAAUCUCUCUCCUCAAAGCGUUGUUCCCACUCCCGUGGAUUCUCGCAAACGUGUCCGAAUUGAAUCUUAUUCGGUGUUGGUUGCUCAGCAAAAAUAUCUCUAGAUUAAUAAAUUGAUCAAAUCUCAAAUACAUAUUCGGUGUAAUGAGAAAGUUUGAUAUAAUAAGUAUAUAAAAUGAACGGAAUCUUACUGGAAAAAUUGUCCCUUGUUCAGAAGACCAGCUAAAAUUUUUCUUGGUAGUUCAAAAGAUGCUUCUUGUUCUAUUUUUUUCAUACCUGCCGUUUCGUAGAGAAGUAAACACGUUACAAAACUAAUAAAAAUUUUUAUUGGGUCAUCAUUUUACCUGAGAUAGGUUUGUCGUCUCGAUAAUCAUCCUUAAUAGGUUGAGCUUUAGUCCAAUUGCCCGAGUAAAUAUUGAAGAUCAACAAA